AUGGUCACCUUAGUGGGUUCAUGUCUUGAAUUGAUCCGUUAUAUUCAUCGAAUUCGGAAAGUCGAUGAGGUAAAACUGUGUAGAAAUAUGUUGCUGAUUGGAUAUGUGGCAGUGAUCCUAAUAGCGAUGAGAUCCAAAUAUUUACAGUGUGAUUCGGGAUACGAUGAAAAGACUGUGUCCAGACUUCAAUUCAACGCGCUAAUCUAUGCUGGUUGCAUGUAUUUGUUUUUAUGGCUCGCACCUCAUGAUGGUCAAAAUACUCCACGUCUCUCGGAAUUUACCACAAUCAAUUUUAUUCUCAUCGUUGCUCAUAAUUAUGUAGUGUCUGCCGCUAUUGAUAUCGAGAAUUGGCUUCAAGUACUUGGAUGGAUACUUUCUUUUGCGAGCUCUAUGAUCAUUUUUGAGGUUUUGGUGAGCCAGAACCCUGAGCCUGCUCCUACUGCUCCGGACACUACCGCCAACAUUCGAGAUCGCUUGAAUGAGAGGGAAAGAAUGAUCCGGGAAGUGAGAAGAGAUCUUGCUAGAAAUCGCGCGAGAACAGAAGUACCUGCCAAUCAGGAGGAGGAGGAAAACUUCAGAGCGAACAUUCUAGCUGCUUGGUAUCCGAUUGGACAAAGUCUCCGCGCAGACAAUCAGAGAUGCUUUGACCUACUGAUCCACCGCUACAAAAAUAGUGCGGCCCCAUUCAACAUCCGGAAUGCAGUAAACAAAAUGGAGGAGAAACGCAGACAUCGAGACCAGAAGAACGAACUCUUUGGAUUUCCGAACACUUUGCAAGACGAUGAUUUUUUCGACGAUCUCGCUGACGUCCUGAGUUCACUCGGCGUGAAAGGGUACAGUAAUCCAGAAGCUAGAGUUAUCAUAACACCUUUUUCCCAACACGCUUGCACCAUGUGUUAUGGACCGUGGGUUACUGUAAGGAUAGUGUUGGAUCCUGGUCAGAUCUUAUCCGAGUCAGAAGGAGUGCUGCUACCGUAA